UUGGACGCUCCGCAGUCUGUGGGGGGCGAGGCUGCCCGCUGCCCUGGGCUGCGGGUCUGCUAGCGGUGCGGGCAGGCAGGCCGGCCGGCCGGCCUUGUCCAGGGGUGUGCGCGUGGAUUGGCGCCGGGUGCUGGCCUGAAGCGAAAGCAGCAGUUGUUGGCUAUGGGCGCCCUCGCCCCACCUGCCGCGGGUGGACCUUGGGGCAGGUGAACACGCGAGGAAAGGGGUUUCCAGGAGGGUGGCACUCAGACCUUGAGCAGGCGGCCGCAUUGUGAAGCUGCCAAAGUCUCUCUAGUGGUGGAAUCUGCAAAUCUCUGCCAGAAAGGAGAUGGGAAUACACGAAAGGAAUGAUGACCCCGUCCUUUUCCCCUUGCAAGUGUUCCACAUCUUUAGGGUCUCCUGACUUCUUACCCACGCCAGUUUGCACCCAGUGGGUUAGUCAUUUGUAUGGAGUGAACACGGUGAGUGUGUAUGUGGAUGGCAGUGAUGCACAGGUAAAACUGGGUCUGAGAACUUUUUAAUCAUUGGAGGAUUUGGAAGAAUGGAGGCAUUAACAUUUUAUAGUGUGCUUGCUACUUCUAGCCGAAAGAACAAUUCUUGCACAACAUUUCUGUUACUAGGACUCUUCAUUUUACAUUCUUUUUCUCAGAUGAGCCAUCCUACAAUUUAGAGUUGUUAGUUGGUUUGAUUUUAACCCUGUAGAGCAGGCUAGACACUAGAGAGAGAGAAAUGACCUCUUCCCAAAGUUUAUUUCCCCGUUUAUUUAAAGAAAAAAAUAUGGUACUGGUUAUUAUUGCAGGUGCUUUUGGUAUUUUAAUUCAAGACUGUGAUUUAUGCUCCCACAGUAUCCGGAGUAGAGCAGAAAAAUUAUUAUGCCUGUGUUCCCUUGUGACUCAUUGGAAAUUGUACAGUGACAUCUUCUGGGAUUUAGUCUGAUGAGAAAUCUUCGGGUUUCGGUAAACACAUCAAAACAGCUGGUGGCUACCUGCUUCCAUCGUCUCCAUAGAGAAAUAGAUUAUAAAAGAGUGUGCAGACUGGUGGCUAAGAUGGAAGUAGAUGUUAAUGGAGAGUCCAGAAGUACCCUGAGCACCCUGCCCUUGCCCGUGGCCGAGGCCAGCUCCCCCGGAAGGGCAGAGGCAGAGAAGCCUCGCUGCUCCAGCACACCGUGCUCGCCGAUGCGCCGGACUGUGGCAGGCUACCAGAUCCUCCACAUGGACUCCAACUAUUUGGUUGGCUUCACAACUGGUGAGGAACUCCUGAAGUUAGCCCAGAAGUGCACAGGAGGUGAAGAGAGUAAGGGAGAAGCCGUGCCUUCCUUGCGCUCCAAACAGCUGGAUGCAGGACUCGCGCGUUCCUCUCGUUUGUAUAAAACCAGAAGUAGGUACUACCAGCCAUACGAGAUUCCAGCUGUCAACGGCAGGAGGCGAAGGCGGAUGCCCAGCUCAGGAGACAAGUGCACUAAAUCUUUACCUUAUGAACCUUAUAAGGCCCUCCAUGGGCCUCUGCCUCUUUGUCUUCUUAAAGGUAAGAGGGCUCACUCCAAAUCUCUGGACUACCUCAACCUAGAUAAAAUGAACAUCAAGGAGCCAGCUGACACAGAAGUGCUACAGUACCAGCUUCAACACCUAACCCUGCGAGGGGACCGUGUGUUUGCUAGGAAUAAUACAUGAAUGACCUGCCGAGUGUGUAAACCAGUUUAGGGCAGCCUGUGCUUGGCUAGAAACACCCGCAGUUGUACUCUGUACAGGACUCUUCACGUUAUAGAUGGUUCUAUCAGCUAAGUGUUCCAGGAACAUAGAAAUUGUUCGGAUCAAAUUUUGAAUACAGAAGUAAAAUCGCAGGUACUUGGGGAGAAAUCACUCUAGAGCACGCAACUACAAAGAAAACAGAAUGUUGACCAUUAGUUUGUAUAGCUUUUUAGCUAGGAAAAAAGGCUUUGGUACGGUAAGAUCUUUAGGAUUCUCACGCUGGAGUCAGGAAUGCUAUUCUGCUUGGUUGUUGCUGACUUGGUAUGAUUCAUUAGAAAUUUAUAUCUUAAGUACUUAAGUACUUCUUUAAUCUCUGUAUUUUACUAUGAAAUGUAUGUAAUGAUUUGUUUUAUGAAAUUUAGAACUUGAACAUUGCUGAAUUGGACCACUUUUUAUUUUUAAAUAUUAUGUUUAAAUAUUUUAUAACUGGUUUUGCACUGAAAAAAAAUAACAUUUCAGAUUGACAGGAGAAUAAUCUUUCUUCACUUGCCUCAAUACUAAUAUUGAGCAAUGAAUUUUUUAUUUCCGCAUGGAAAGGUAUUGAUCUCUAUGGCUGUAAAAUAUUUCUUUAUAGCGUUAUUAACAUGUGUCUUAAUAAAAUGAAAUUUGGGAUACAAAGUAUUUAUUUUACAAUAGGUGGGGGGGAAGCUUUUACAGAAAGUUUCCAAUCUGAAGUUUUCAUAAGUUGAAAACGUUUCCUUUGAGCUUAUUUUCUAAUUUAAAAUUCAUCUGGAACUUUAAAGUGGAAAGAUUCUUUUAGUUGUGAAUUAUAGGCAUAAUACAGUCUGCAUCUGAAUGUUCUGUAAGUGGAUGGAACUUUAAUAGAGGAACUCAUGAUUUCUACUAUCGAAUGCUUAAUCUGAGUAUGAAGUGAUACCAUUCAGCAUGGCAUCGGGUCAUUCCAGGUUUUAGUUUUUGCAGCACAAGCACUCAUUGAAAUUCCAGUUUCUAGGAUUAGUGUAGGAGCCUAAGGGGCUUCUACAGUUUUAAUGGGUUAAUCCUGGAUUACUUAACAAUUUAUGUCAAUUGCACUGGUUUAAUUUGUUGCUAAAGAGAGAUUGCCCUGGCUUUAGUAACAAAUACAGCUCAACUAUUCUUGAAUAUAUUUUGGAAAAAAAAUGUAUGUAACUUACCUUUUGUAAAAGUUUCUAUUUCUUUUCUUCUUUUUUGACUAUUGAAGGUGCAAUUUAUAACCGAAUUGGCAUUUCUGGCAGCAUAGAACUGCUUAUUUUAAAUUUUAUUUUGGGGGCUGUGAGUUUCUUAGGUGUUAGCAAUCUUGCUUAUAAAAUAAGAACACCUGUUAAUUAAUCAGUGGGCCAUUCCUGGUGCAGUUGGGACUUUUCUUAGCCAGAAUGAAUGGCAAACUAUUUAGAGCAGAAUAAGUAUUAGAAAACCCUAGGAACUCCUAAUCAACAUUUAUUAUGCUUUCACUGAGGCAAACUGUGUGAUUGAACCUCAGCGAAGUUGGCCCGUAUCUUCCUGAGUUCAUCAAAUUUCUUGGCGGGCUACAAAUUUCCAGCUGUUGAUACUUUAACGUAAAUUGCACCUUUGUAACAUAUUGUACUGACGAAUGAUCACUAAGAUUAACUAUAUCUAUACAGUCAUUAGUUUGACAAGAAAUAGAAUCCUGUCAGAUGCCAAAGAGUUGGGAUUUUUACGUUUAAUGAUUAAACAUCGUUAUUUAUUGAUGAUUUACCCUGUGGAACUGUAUUAUUUCUAACUACGAAAUAAAAGGGUGAUGUAAACACA